AUACACUUGAUCGUGAUCUUUGUUCUGUGGCAAAAAAUGGAAUUUUGGAAAAUGAAUAUUUUUAUCAUGAUAGCCAUUUGCUAUUUAUCCAAAUAAUAUACAAAUAUUUCCAAUAUAAAAGUUUAUUUGAAACAUAGAUUAUUUUAAAUUAAGGUUAGAGUCAGUAAAAUCAUAGCCAUAGGUUAUAUUGUGUUUUCAUCCAUGUUGAACUAUUGAUAAGUUCUUUGAUUGCGUCAUGUAAACGUACAGUUAUACGAGGUGUCUCUAUUUAUUUAAGUGAUCAAUAUGUGUAAGAUUCAUAAUCUUUCCUAAUUUUUACGCAAUAGAAAAGUUAUGGUAAAUGUACUCUUUGUGUAUGUAUUUGACAAGUAACCUAAUAAUCGUUAUAAUUCUCAAUUCUGACACCAUUUUUGUUAAGCCUUUUGGCUUGUAAUAAUGGUUUCGUGAACCGCUCCCGUCGAGCUGUCGAUGAUAGAUUAGUGAAUUUUGUUGACAGCCUUGAGUCGAUAUAACUAGCUAGAAUAACAGUAAUUAUUGCAAAAAUGUACUAAUUCUUGCGAAUUUAUAAUUAAUAGAAACAUGGAUAUAAUUAAAGAUGAAAUCAAAAUGGAAACAGAGGAAUUCCACCUUCCAUGGGACAAGUCCAAUAUAGUGGCAUCUGAAGAAGUAAUAUGUGGCAUUGAUUCUGAACAGAAUGAAUCAUAUAGCAAUAUGACCUCAGAAGAAAUAAUAGCACACACAGAUCAAAUGGCAGCAGAAAACCUGAUGUUCCUUUCUCAAGAUGUUGUGAGCUACACAGAAAGUGCUGAGUUGGCGGAGGACCCUAGUGUGGAGUGUGUUACUGAAGAAGUCAUUACUGAUGACUGGGUCAUACCUGGGGGUCAGGAAAGAGUUGAAGUGCCUUUAGAACAUUUAGCAGUACCCAUUCAAGAUGUUAAAAUUGAGAAUGACAUAGAUGUACCACUGCCUACAGAUCAAGAUGAAUACACAGCAAUGCGUCCAUGGCCCUGCGACUUCUGCUCGCGGCGCUUCCGCAAGAAGGCCGCGCUCAUGAACCACAUGGUGGCGCAUCAGAACGACCGGCCGCACGCCUGCAACCUGUGCGGGGUCCGAUAUGUGCGCAAGUGUGACCUCAUGAACCAUCUUAAAGUGCAUGCUAUGGUGCCAGACACACCUGACAUGAUAGAUUAUGAAGAAAUUGUUCCACCAAUAAUGAAAACAAAGAAAAAGAGAGGUAGACGGAAAAAGGUUGCAGAACCAGUGGAGAACGGCGUGUGGGAGCACAUGACGUCAGCGCGCACACAGCAAUGGUCGCGCCGCGGCCGCACGCCGCCCAAACCUGAGCCAGCCCCCGCGCCGCCCUCGCCGCCCUCGCCCUCGCCUUCGCCUCCAGCGCCGGCGCCGCCCCCCGCAGACCCUUCGCGCCCAUUCGUGUGCCGGCAUUGCGGCGUAGGGUUCGCUAGAGAGAAAGCGCUACAGUCGCAUGCGAGGGUGCACGGCGGCGACUCGCCCGUGGAAUGCGGCGAGUGCGGCGAGCUGUGCUGGUCGCGCGAGGCGCUGCGUGCGCACUGCGCGGCGCGCCACCCGCACCUGGCGCCCGCCGCGGCGCACGCAGCGCCCGCCGCUGACCUCGUCUACGAGGACAACUCUGGCGACGACAUGGAGUUCAGACUGUCGCCGGUGGCGCACAGCGGCAGCGAGCGCGAGAGAGAUCGGGACAGAAUGAUGGACGUGCGCGGGCCGGAGCUGUUUUGCAGUGACUGCGGCGUGGCCUUCCAGCGCGCGGACCUGCUGCGCCGGCACGUGGCAGCCGCGCACAGUUACAAGAGGCACAACAGCACGAGCAGCACGUGGGAGCAGGAGCACACGUGCGACGUGUGCGGCGAGAGCUGCACCGACGCGCUGCAGCUGCUGGCGCACGCGGAGCGACACGCCGAGCGCCCGCGCACCAACAAUAGAUUAAAACGAAUGGGCCGAGGUCGAAAUAAUACGACCUCUGCAAGCGGCGCGAGACAAUUCCCGUGCAGAGAGUGUGGCAAAGUGUUCGGGUCGCGCAGCUCUCAACAGAUCCACGUGCGCAUCCACACGGGCGAGCGGCCGUACGCAUGCCGGUUCUGUUGGAAAGCUUUCGCAGACGGCGGCACGCUAAGGAAACACGAGCGGAUACACACCGGCGAAAAGCCAUACGCAUGCGCAGUGUGCCCGCGCGCGUUCAACCAGCGCGUCGUGCUGCGGGAGCACGUGCGCUCACACCACUCCGCGCCGGACAGACGCGCCAACGGAGGGUACCUGUAUUGUUGUGUUGUCUGCGGGCGGCCUAUGCAUUCUAGCGUGGAGUUGGCCCAACAUAUCAUUCAGCAUUGCGACGAAAACACGGCGUUGAAAAGACAACCUCAGAACGGGCCGAGGAAAUACAAAAGGAGGCGGAAAAUUAAAACGGAGCUGUCGACAUCUCCGCUACCGUGGACGCGCGGCUCCCCCUCGCCGCUGCCGUCCGCGGCCGCGUCCCGCUCGCCGUCCCCCGCCCCCUCCCCCGCGCGCUCCCACUCCCCGUCGCGCACGCUCUCCCGCUCGCCGACGCCUCCCCCCGCGCGCACGCCCCGCGCCCCCCGGGUUCCCCGCGUGGCCCCGCCCGCGCGCCGCCGCCGACGCCGUGGCCCCGCCGUCCCGCUGCCGCGCCCCAAGAUGAUACACACCGAGGAGCCUCGCACUAAAGCUAAACAGACCCGGAACCGCAGGCCACCCAGACAUCCCGCUGACGACCUCCUAGCUAUCGGACCCCACUCGCCGUCCCCACCUCCGGUGGACCCCGUGGACGACGCGCCGGCCUCCGAGGAGGGGGUCUAUAAAUGCGAGAUGUGCUCCAUGGAGUUUCCGCGUAGAGAUGCCUUACUAUUGCACGUGCCUAUACAUAUAUGACCCAAAAGGAAACUGCGACCCCGGCGUGCAUCCAAAGAACACUAAAGACAGUAUGCGCACAGUGAUAUCAUAGCACAUAAUCGCUACGACAAACAUAUUUUUACGAACAAUACCCAAAAAGUGCGAAGUGUUCUCCAUGAAUUGUAAAGUGAAAAGACUGACACCAUUUUCUAGUGAUACGAUUCUGUUAUAUGUACAUUAUUGCUUAGGCGGCCAAACGCAAGUGUUGAAAUGAAAGCAUACUAUAAACCAAGGAUCACAGGCUUACUUCGUCCAGUCUUCGUGAAAUUUAGUUUUUCACAAAUCCCUCGGGAAUCAGAUUUUUCCGGAAAUGCCCAUGUGUUAAUCCAGAGUAAAAUCUGUUUCCAUUCCAAAUUUCAGCCAAAUCGGUUCAGUAGUUGCGGCGUUAAAGAGAACAAACAUCCAUACAUUUUGAUAUUCAUGAAAUCAGAAGGAGAUUCUAAUACUCAUCAUAAAGAAACAUAGUACACAGCUGAUGAUUGACAGGCUUGGCUUGAAUAAAACCAUUUAGACCAAAAUGAAAAAUGAAAUUAAAUCGUUUUUACUUAUUUAAUGUUUAUCAUUCUGAAAUUUUCGUUUUUACUUAUUAUCGUUUAUUUAGUUUUUACUUAUUAUAUUUUAUUAUAUUUUAUUAUAUAUGCUUCAUAAAUCGAGGUCUUGCGUAAGAACUGGACUAUAAUAUUUUUGCACAUGAAAACAUGUAGUUAAAGCGUGCAAUAUGCAAAAUGAAUUUAAAGCCAAACCAAUGAUUUAUGCUUAUUCUAAUAAUAGGACUUUUUUCACAUUUUUAACCGACUUCCAAAAAGGAGGAGGUUCUAUGUUCGGCUGUAUGUAUGUUUUUUUUUUUUAUGAAAUUUUACCUUAAUGUUGAAUUAACGGGCCCAUAUUAAUGGAUGUCACUCAACUCAAGAGCUUGUUCAUGAGGCCAAUGUUGAGUUCCUCACCAUAUAAAUAAACAUCACAAUAAUUAUGAUCUCAAAUUGCUUAAACUUGAAGAUUGAAAUUGAGGAAUUUCUAUUAAUACAGGCCUAAAUGUCCCAUCCCCAUAACCUCAAAGGUAUUAUACCUGGUAAUUGUAUUAAACCUGUUACAUAUAUUGAGAUGGAAUCUCCUGAUCAAAACUGGAUAACUAUUUUAUUAUAAUUUUAUUAAAAGCUUUAUCACUUUUGGCAGCCAAAGAGUUAAAAGAGUACAUAUUUGUAUUAUGGCACUAACAACUAUAAGUGACCUAAUUUAAAUAAACAGUUUCUUAUUUAUAAAUCUUUAACAACACAUAUUUUUAUAAAAAUUGUUCAUCUUUCUGGUUUAUUCAUGACUUAGUCAAUAACAUAUUGAGAUUUUCAAUCAAUUACACAACUGUAUUAGGUAUAGAAAAAAAUAUCGCUAAUACAGAAGCAGUCUUGUUAUUAUAACACAUAAAUUGCAUUAAGUAAUUUUAAUACUUCAGCCUUAUUGAUAUUCUAGAGCUGGUUUCAAUGCACUUCUUACCGAGGACACCGUUAUUUAUUUGUGUUUGACGGCAUAAACAUGGUCUUUAUUAAAAUUCAAUGAACUUUUAUAUUAAUUUGACGUGUUGAUUUUAAAACUUGGUGAAUAUCAGUUUUCGACAGACUCAAUAGUUAUUGAAUUCCAAAUUUAUAAUGAACUAAUUACAAAAAAAUAGCUUUGAUUAAAAUAAUAAAUAAUUAAAAAGUAUUAUGUUAAAAGCAUACUUGAAAAAGGCUUUUUUUCUUAUUCCAUACAAUACUAUAUUUUACUUAAGUGUUACUGCUUCAUUAAAAAAAAAAAUUAUACCUAAAUCUGAAAAUUACUGUAUUUAUCUGAAAAAUGUUGGUAACCCUUGAGCCUUAAAUGACAAAUUAUACCAGCAAACACACCUAAUAAAUACUGGUAUAACAUACUGUAAUGCUGGGAUCACACUAACGGGAAACAUUAGUGUAUUCACAACAUAAUGCGAUAAUUUUACAUACAUUAAUAAUGCCUUUUGACGUUAGGCGAUAGUUCGAGUGUUAGUCUGGGUACAUCAAAGAUUUUAACGGACUUAACGUUUUCGUUGAGUGUGGCCCCAGCAUCAUAGAGCAAAGCAUUUUGGUUGUAUCUUAUGAGAAGUAAUAGAACUGAGCUAACACUUUCCCCAGCGAGGUUUUUCACUCGAAGAUUAUUACUUUGUUAAACUUAGGUUAGGUUACUUUUGUUUUGGUAGUGCAUUUAUUAUAAAUGAGUGUAAAAUUAUAUCAUGCAGUUAUAACUCUUGUAAAUUAUUACAAUGUGAAAGCAAUCAUAUAAAUAUGUAUUGUAUAGUGUAUAAUUAAAUAAUAAUUAUUAUUUCACAAUUUAAAAUUUUGAAGACGAUUUAUAAGUAUGACAUGUCUGUAAAAUUAUGUUGUUGGUAUUAACAUUUAAGGUAACUUUGGCGCGUACUUGGUAAGGUUCAGACUGUAAUUAGCAUAACAUAAUUAAUAUUCCAACCAGGUGUCAAUUGUUAGAUAGAAUGUAUAUAAAUGUAUUAUAACAAAUAAAAUUCGUUGAAUAAAACGUUUUUACUUUUAUUCACAUUUUUAUUGUAAUUAAUUAAUAUUAUUUUCAGAAAAUCUAGUUUAUUCCCAGAUCUCAGAAAAUAUGCAAAGUGUUGUACACACAGAAUAACGAAUGAUGCAUGAUCCAGAAAGAGUCUACAAGCAGCGUGGUGAAGCCCGUGAAACCCAUAUAAACCAAACGUCACGCGUCUCCUUGACAUCCGCAUAAACAUGAACUUUUUUUAUAAUUUUGUUUAUUUUAAAAUUUUACACUAACAACAAUUCAUCAUCAUCAUCAUCAUCAUCAUUUCAGCCGAUGGACGUCCACUGCUGGACAUAGGCCUCUUGCAUGGACCUCCAAGCAUAACGAUCUCGAGCCGCCAGCAUCCAGCGGUUUCCUGCAAUCCGCUUGAUGUCCUCUGUCCACCUAGUGGGGGGUCGACCAACACUGCGCUUUCCGGUGCGGGGUCGCCAUUCUAACACCUUGGGACCCCAACGUCCAUCGGCUCUUCGAACUAUGUGGCCUGCCCAUUGCCACUUCAGCUUCGCGACUCGCUGAGCUAUGUCGGUGACUUUGGUUCGUCUGCGGAUCUCCUCAUUUCUGAUUCGAUCACGCAGAGAAACUCCAAGCAUAGAUCGCUCCAUCGCCCGCUGAGUGAUUUUGAGCCUUCUAAUGAGGCCCAUAGUUAGCGACCAAGUUUCGGAUCCGUAUGUCAUCACUGGCAACACGCACUGUUGUUGUUACACGCACUGUACUUCGAACAGUGCGUGUAACAACAAUUAUAAGCUAUUAAUUAUAUACAAAAUAGCAUGGGUUCGGGUUCGGGUAUCUUAAAAACACUUUAGUGUUUUUAAUAAAUAUAAUAAUCAAUAGGUAAUUUCCAAUAAAAAAUACUCCAUCUUAUUACAGAGAGAUAAAGGUCCUGUACAGGCAAGUCAAAUACAGGGAGCCACAGGGAGCGUCGACUGUUGUACAGGUACGUAGAUUUAAGAGUCGGUCGGUCGGUGUACAGCCUUGUAGUCUUGUACCGAAUAAUAAAUGUCUACUGCAUAUUUCUUAAAAAAAAGAGAAAAGCCUCUUUUUUUUCGGAAAUCAGUUUUUUUUGCCCCAUGUAACCUUAUUCAAUUUGAUAGCUAAUGAUCCCUACUAUCACCCUCUAUAGGGAUCGCUAUCAUAGAUUAUUAAUAAUAUAAUAUACGAUUAUCAGUAUUAGAUUAUUAUUAAUAUAGUAAUACUGAAAAUCGCUAUAUGUUUCCAAUGACCCUGGUUAUUUUAUAGAUUUACUUGUCGGUACUAAUAAUUUUAGGGUUAAUUUAUUUCUUGAUCCACCAGUGUUGCCAACGGUGCUGGCCCUAAUCACAAACGGCUAAAAGGGCUAAAAAGAUACCUAAUGACGCCGUUUGUCAUGCAUGAAGUCUAAUAUCUAAUACAAUUUCAGUUGUAGUAGCCUAAAGUAGCCCAAACACCAAAAUAUCAAUAAGUACCUAUAUGAAUUAAAUAAAAUGUAGUUUUAAAUGAGUGUGAAUUUGGCCUACAUCCGACAAUUAAAAACUUUGACAAUCGAUAACUCGAUGAAUAUAUCGACUACUAGCGGACGCUCGCGACUUCGUCCGCGUGGAAUUCAGUUUUUCACAAAUCCUGCGGGAACCAUGGAUUUUUCCGGGAUGAAAAGUAGCCUAAGCAUGUGUUAAUCUAGAGUAAAAUCUAUUAUCAUUCCAAAUUUCAGCCAAAUCGCUUCAGUAGCCGCAGCGUAAAAGAGGAACAAACAUACUUACACACUUUCACACUUAGACACAAAUUUUCGCAUUUAAAAUAUUAGUUUGAUAAUUUUUAGCUGAAGUGAUAAUGGCACGAAUUUCAAUUCUCUUGAUGAGUAUUUUUUUAAAUAUUUCUAUUAUUUAUUCCCUGAGUUGUAAUUUUUAAUAUAAAUUUUCAUUUGAAAAUGUUAUUGAUAUACAUAUACCUACACUCACACAAUAACCAUGUUGUUUGCUUUACUACCCGCUAAUGAUUGUUCUUUUUUUCUUUUCUCUUUUUGUUUGUUAUUUAGUUUUGUUAAUAUUGUAUAUGUAAUAAGAACCAGUGCACAGUAAAACCAACUGUGGUUUAAUACAAACCACAGUUGGUCUUACUGUGCACUGGUUACAUCACGGUUAGGCUUAAUUUAAAAAUGUAUUUUGUAGAACAAUAAAUAAAUAAAUAAAUAAUAUAUUUAUCAAUUUCAUAACAAAUGAAAAUUUAUAUUAAAAAUUACAGCUCCGGGAAUAAUUAAAAGAAAUAUUUAAAAAAAUUAUCAUCGAGAGAAUUGAAAUACGCGCCAUUAACACUUCAGAUAAAUGUAAUCGUCGAUAUAUUCAUCGAGAUAUCGAUUGUCAAAGUUUUUAAUUGUCGGAUGUCGGUCAAAUUCACACUUAGUUUUUAUAACUUUUAAUAAAAAUAAAAAAAAAAAGCUCUAGAGUUGAGUAGCCUAAUGUGCGAACGCCUUUUAGAUUUUUCGUCGUCGAUUAGCAGCAUAAAAAUGAAAUGGCGAAAAAUCGCUUACGUUGGCAGCACUCAGCACUGGGCAUUACGGCGUCAAACGGUCAAAGUCAAACAACGUUUUGUUUAUCUUUCCUUUGUGGCAUUGAAAAAAAAAACUUCACAUUGUAAUUUAAUACAUGUAUUAUAUAUUUUCAAUUUGUACAAAAUAUGUAAUACGAAAAACGUUCACAUAUUUCUCAUUUUCGUACUUUGUUUUAUUACAAAAUAACAACAGAUUACAGAACGCAACUGAUGAUCUGGCCAAAUGUCAUUGUCAAAACAAAAUUUCCAUUUUGUGAUUGUGAUUUGGCGAUUGUUUGUGGUAAUUUGUUGGGAAUAAUUAAUUUUUAUUAACGAAUUUCAUUCAUAUUUCUAAGGAAGUGAAUUAACGUAAUAUUUGUCAGUGGAAUAUUUUAACUUGAAAAUUUUGUAUAACGGAAUACCUAUGGCAAAAAAUAAUUUGUAAAGGUGAUACAGCUACUGGGGGAAAAAUUAUAAAACUUUGAACUAGAUUUCAUCAUUAUUCAUCACGGCGGGACGAAGCAGCAGCAUGCGUCGAGCCAGAGAUGGCUACCCAUAUCAGCCCAUACCCAGGGCCCCCACAGACGACGUGCUUGAACACGAAAAUGAAAGAAUGGCUGGAGAGCUAGGUGAUAAAAUCUCUACAUUAAAACAUAUGUCGAUAGAAAUCGGCAAUGAGGUUCGAUAUCAAGAUAAAAUAUUAAGAGGAUUGGAUGAUGAUGUAGACAGAAGCUCCGGCUUUCUUGGAAAAACUAUGGGAAGAGUACUCAAACUGGGAAAAGGGAACCACAACUAUUACAUAGUAUAUUUAUUCCUCUUUUCUAUCUUCGUAUUUUUCUUACUUUAUGUAGUUUUAAAAUUUAGGUGAUUUAUUGUAUUGAGAAUUUAUUUCAGUACUUUAUGGUUGCAGACAUUGUGGGUUUAUGUAAAUAGUACUUUUUGAUCUAGGAAUAUUCAUGUUAUAUUUAUAUUGUAUUAAUUAUAAUUAACCUUGAAUAAAUGUAAUUUGAUUUCAUUAUUA